AUGUCUUCUCAAGAACUUAUUAAUGAUUAUGAAAGAUUACUUGAAGUUGGUGAAGGAUAUGACGUUAUAAUUUACGCCGGAGAAAACGAAGAUAUGAAAGAGAUUCGUGCACACUCACUUAUUUUACGUGCUAGACUUCAACAUUUUCGUGUUGCACUAUCAGAUCAAUGGACCAAUAUAGAUGGAAAAAUCAUUCUUGAAAUACCUAAUAUUUCUCCUCGAAUAUUUAAAAUUAUUUUAAGAUUUAUUUAUUGUGGAAGAAUUGAUUUGAUGAAUAUUCAAGGUCCAGAAAUUUUAGAACUUUCGAUGGCAGCAGAUGAAUUAAAUAUUCAAACAUUAAAUCUUUGUAUUCAAGAAUAUUUGAUUAAUCAUCAAUUUGAAUUAUUAAAACAAGACCCUAUUGAAAUUCUUGAAGUCGUUUGUCAACUUAAUCAGCAUGAUACUUUCAAAGGUUUAUAUGAUUGUUUUCUUGAAACAAUUUGUGAAAAAUCAGAAAUAUUUCUCAAUUCUGAUAAUUUAAUUAGGUUAAAUGCACAUUUAUUGGAAUUACUUUUAAAACGAGAUGAUUUAUUAAUGAAUGAAAUUGAAAUAUGGGAUAACUUGAUCAAAUGGUGUUUGGCUCAACAUCCUUCUAUCCAACAAGAUGUUAAUAAAUGGAAUAAAGAAGAAAUCGAAAUUAUGAAAAGUACUCUUCGUAGAUUUAUUCCUUUAAUUAGAUUUAAUAAUAUAUCUUCAGAAGAUUUUUAUUAUAAAUUAUAUCCUUAUAAAGUAAUAUUAACCGAAGAUUUGACUGAAAACAUACUUGCAUUUCAUAUGAUGCCAAAUAAGGAACUCUUUAAUGGUAUUCGACCCCUUAGAAAACCAAAAUAUGAUACAAAUAUAGUUACAUCACGACAUUUUUCUAUCUUUGCUAGUUGGAUUGAAAGGAAGAAUAGUUCUUAUUAUUUUGAUAAAGAUAUUCCUUAUCAUUUUAAAUUAAUUUACCGCGCUAGUAGAGAUGGUAAUAGAAGUGAAGUAUUUUAUAGAAAAUGUAAUAAUAAAGGAACCACUAUAGUUGUAGUAAAAAUUAAGGGAUCGGAACAAAUAUUUGGUGGGUAUAAUCCAGUUAUUUGGAGAUCAUAUGGCAAUUAUAUGAUGACAAGUAGUUUUAUAUUUUCAUUUACAAAUAGAAAGAAUAUAAAAACUGCAAAAGUAGGUUAUGAAUCAUCUAUAAAUUUUUAUCCAGAUUAUGGAUCAAUGUAUGGCUGUUAUCUUACUUGUAAUGGUGAAGGUAAUAUUUGGGGGGUUGACGAUAGUUUUUUAAGAAAUUAUCUUAAUAUUAACAUUCCAUUAGCAGGAUAUGUUGAAACAGAUGAUUAUGAAGUUUUUCAAGUUACAAAGAAACCAUAA